GAGCGCUGUCACGCUUGAUGAUAGCGAUCCUUCAGUCUCGCGAAGUUCCACUGUCCAUCGCACCUAGCGACGCCCUGCAGAAAUGACGAACAUCAGAACUCCAUCGGACGAAUCGAGCAGCCCACAGUGAUUGAUCAGCAACUAUGCACUACUUGGAAGAAGAGGCGCAACCUUCUUUAUCUUUCGACCCUUAAACCGUGCGACGUCGAGUUCCAAAUCAUCAGGCACAUUCGCGCGAUCGUUUGAAACACAUCUUCUCUCAUACACUCUCACCAUGACCUACCCAUCUACUUACACGGCCUACCGUCGCAGCGCGGGUCAAGAGAAAGCUUCUCGUCAAAACCCUCUUACCCUUGAGCAAGCCCAAGAAAAUCUACCGCAAGAAAAAGACCUCGGUCCCAACGAUGUGGUCAUCAAGAUCCACGCUGUAUCGCUCAACUACCGUGACGUCGCUAUGCUGGUAGCUGAGUACCCGCCUGCUGUCACAGAACAAGGCAUUCCAUGCUCUGAUGCCUCCGCCGAGGUCGUUGGGUUGGGGUCUGCAGUCAAAAAUUUCCGACUGGGAGACAUUGUUGCUCCAAUCUGCAAUCAAGGUGACUUUCAUCCCACAGAUGACAGCAUUUCUGUGGCUAUCGGUGCAAAUGGUGCGGGUGUACUGAGGGAGUAUGCUGUUUACCAGGAGAAGCACUUGGUGCACUUGCCGAAGCAUUUGUCGUGGGAGGAGGGCGCAAUGUUACCGUGCGCAGGUGUCACUGCUUGGAAUGCCCUGGAUUCGUUGGAGACGGUACAGGAGCACUCUAGUGCUCUACUACAAGGCACCGGCGGCGUUUCCAUGUUCUCCUUACUGCUUUGUCUCGCCGGCGGCAUCACUCCAAUUAUAACUUCAUCCUCGAACGAAAAGAUCAAAGCGAUCCAGGAUCGGAUCAGCGACAAGGUCCGCGGUCUAAAUUACAAGACCGACGACCAAUCUGCCAAGAUUAAGGAGCUUACAAAAGACCGCGGCGUUGACUUCGUAGUCAACAACACUGGCGUCGGCUCCCUCAUCGAUGACAUCUCUUACCUAUGCGCUCGCGGCGGCACUGUCUCGCUAGUCGGCUUCCUCGCCGGCUGGGAGGCGGAUUGGAAGCCAGCUCAGCUGAUGGCCCUGAUGGGUAAGGGUGCCAAGCUCAAGGGCAUCGCUGUAGGAUCGAAGAAGGAUUUCGAGGAUAUGAAUGUGUUUAUUGAGGAGAAGAAGGUCAAGUUCGAUGUCAUGCUUGAUAAGACGUUUGGGUUCGAGGAUGCGAAGAAGGCGUUUGAUCUGCAGCUGUCGGGCAACUUUUCGGGUAAGAUCGUUAUCAAGGUUGCGCAGUGAGAGCACUCAUCACACUGUUACAUGAACUCUUUUGAAGGAGUAUCGCAGUUUCAAUCAUCUCAUGAUCUGCGUGGGUAUUUCCGAAAAGAGUCAAAUCUAUGGCUAAGCAAAGAAUGCAGUCGAGCAGAUUUGCAUGUUUGUGCCGCCAUCGGCUAGAUUCCUGCUCAAGCAACAAUAUUACGAUGCUUAUCUUCGACCAUACCCGAAACAGUAAACUCUCUGUAU